GUAUUGAGGACGUUUGUUGUUGUAGGUCGUUAUAAAAUUUCCAUUUUUUUUAAGGACAAAGCAUCAUUAAAGGAACACUACCAUCAUAAAACGUUUGUGGAACAAGCUCCUUCAUGUUUUAAUUAAUAACAAAGCGAAAAUAUGUCGGAUUCGGAGGCUAGCAACUUCUCCGACAACGAAAAUGCCUCUGAAGCGGGCUCCGUGCGCUCCAGGAGUUCCAGGGGCAGCGCCAGGAGCCAGUCUAGGUCCCCAUCCAGAUCCCCAUCAAAGAGUAGAUCCAGGACCCCAUCUCGAUCGCGUUCUCGGUCUCCAUCCAGGUCUAAGUCCAGAUCUAGGUCAAGAUCUAAAUCUGGCAGCCGUUCUGGGUCUGAAGCGAGGGAAGCAUCUGGUGCGGAAGAAGUGGCCGACGAAGAGGAACCAGACGGUGAAAGUUUGAGGUCUGACGAGUACGACAGUGAGGAGGAUGAAAGUGACGACGCAAGGGGUAAGAAACGUAGGAAAAAGGAUCGGUAUGGGUUUAUCAUUGACGAAGCCGAGGUGGACGAUGAAGUCGAGGAUGAAGACGAGUGGGAGGAAGGGGCACAGGAGAUGGGCAUCGUGGCGAACGAGGUGGACGAGUUUGGACCUACGGCUAGGGAGAUCGAAGGGAGACGUAGAGGGACGAACCUUUGGGACGCCCAGAAGGAACACGAGAUAGAGGAGUACCUCCGCAAAAAGUACGCCGACGACAGCGCCGUCAUCAAACACUUCGGGGAUGGCGGCGAGGAGAUGUCAGACGAGAUCACGCAACAAACGCUCCUGCCGGGCGUCAAAGACCCGAAUCUGUGGAUGGUGAAGUGUCGCAUCGGCGAGGAAAAAUCCACCUGCCUGCUGCUUAUGAGGAAGUUCCUGGCGUACCAGAACACCGCCGAGCCGCUGCAGAUCAAAUCGGUGGUGGCGCCCGAGGGCGUCAAAGGUUACAUCUACAUCGAGGCGUACAAGCAGCCCCACGUGAAGACCGCCAUAGAGAACGUCGGCAACCUCAGGAUGGGCAUCUGGAAGCAGCAGAUGGUGCCGAUAAAGGAGAUGACGGACGUGCUGCGCGUCGUCAAGGAACAAACCGGUUUGAAGUCGAAGCAGUGGGUGAGGCUGAAGAGGGGCCUCUACAAGGACGACAUCGCUCAGGUGGACUAUUUUGACAUGGCGCAGAACCAGGUGCACCUUAAACUGUUGCCGAGGAUCGACUAUACGAGGUUGAGGGGGGCCUUGAGGACCGCCCAGUCGGAGUCGGAAGCGGAGAAACGUAAGAAAAAACGUCGCCCGCCCAGCAAACCGUUCGAUCCCGAGGCUAUCAGGGCGAUCGGGGGCGAGGUGACCUCCGACGGUGACUUCCUCAUCUUCGAGGGGAACAGGUACUCCCGCAAAGGCUUUCUCUACAAGAAUUUCACGCUCAGCGCCGUCAUAAUCGACGGCGUCAAGCCCACGUUGGCGGAAUUGGAACGUUUCGAGGAGCAACCCGAGGGUAUCGACCUCGAGCUGCCCACGGAGAAGGAGGACAAGGCCGUGACCCAUUCGUUCAGUGCCGGGGACAACGUCGAAGUUUGCGAGGGAGAAUUGAUUAAUUUGCAGGGUAAAAUCAUCAGUAUCGACGGGUCUAUGAUCACGAUCAUGCCCAAGCACGAGGAUUUGAAGGACGCCCUGGUGUUUCAAGCUAACGAGCUGAAGAAGUACUUCAAGAUGGGGGAUCACGUCAAAGUCCUGGCGGGGCGGUACGAGGGCGACACCGGUCUGGUGGUGAGGGUGGAGAACAACAGGGUGGUGCUGAUCUCCGACCUCACCAUGCACGAGAUGGAGAUCCUCCCCAAAGACCUCCAGCUUUGCACGGACAUGGCCAGCGGGGUGGAUUCCCUCGGCAAGUUCGAGUGGGGCGAUCUGGUCAACCUGGACGCGGAGACGGUCGGCGUUAUAGUACGAUUGGAGAGGGAGAACUUCCACGUUCUCAACAUGCACGGGAAAGUGGUGGAGUGCCGGCCGGGCUCCUUGCAGAAAAGGAGGCUCAACAGGUACACGGCGGCCCUGGAUUCGUACAGGAACAACCUGCACCGCAGGGACAUGGUGAAGGUCAUAGACGGGCCGCAUUCCGGGUUCUCCGGGGAGAUCAAGCACCUGUACAGGAAUUUUGCGUUUCUGCAUUCGGUCGAAUUCCUGCAAAACGGCGGCAUCUUCGUCUGCAAAACCAAACACCUGCAGCUGGCGGGCGGGAACAAGACCGUCCCCAGCGCCGACAUAUCCACCGGGAUGGAGUUCAUGUCGCCCAGGAGGGCGUCGCCGAUGCACCCGUCCAGUGGCGGUGGUGGAGUUGUCGGCGGCUUUGGAGGCGGCGGUGGUGGAGGAAGAGGGGGCGGGGCAGGCCGGGGAAGGGUCGCCCGUGACAGGGACAUCAUCGGCACCACCAUCAAGAUCACCCGAGGCCCGUACAAGGGCAAUAUUGGUAUCGUGAAGGACGCCACGCAGUCCACCGCCAGGAUAGAGCUUCACACGUCGUGUCAGACGAUAUCGGUGGACCGCAACCAUAUCGCGGAUGUUGGCACUCCCGCGAAGGACGGAAGCGCCUCCAGUUACGGAAGGACCCCGGCGUACGCGGGCAACCAAACACCCCUGUACCGAGACACCGGAAACAAAACGCCCAUGUGCGAUUCCGGCUCGCGUACUCCUUUGCAUUACGGUUCAAUGACGCCCAUCCACGACGGCUCCAGGACCCCCAACGCCAGUUCCGAGUGGGAUCCCGCCGUUUCCAACACCUACCCGUCGCCCGGUUACAAUCCAAGUACUCCCGGUUUCCAGAUGAACGGCCCGUACACCCCUCAGACUCCCGGAACGAUGUACGACACGACCUACAGUCCCUACCAGGCCAGUCCUGGGUACCAGAGCGUCGUUUCAACGCCUAGUCCUGCCACGGGGUAUGGGCAGUCGCCCUCCAGUAAUAACCCGUACAACACGCCCAGCUCCGGGUACAGCCCCAACAUGCCGUACAACCCACAGACUCCCGGCGCCAAUUUGGACGUGUUGCCGAUGACCGACUGGCAUACCGUUGAUAUCGAGGUGCGCAUCCGAGACAGCCACGACGACGUGGGCUUGGUGGGCCAGACGGGCAUCAUCAGGAGCAUCUCGGGCGCCAUGUGCUCCGUCUUCCUGCCCGAAGAGGACAGAGUGGUCAAUAUCAUGUCCGAUCACCUGGAUCCCGUCAGACCGCAGAGGGGGGAUCAGUUUAAGGUUAUAAUAGGCGAGGAGAGGGAGCAGACGGGAGAACUACUCUCGAUAGACGUUCACGAGGGGGUCGUGAAAAUCAAGGAUGACAUAACGAUGUUGCCGUUGCAAAAUUUGUGCAAGAUGAGGAAGGUGGAUCACUAGGAAUGGUUUGUGGUUCAAUUUUUUUUUUUAUCGUUUUAUAUAGUGGGAUAUCACUAUGUUCCUUUCAUUGAGUCUUGCAAAGGCUUUGAUUACUUCCUUCAUUAGCGGAAUCGUAAAUAUGCUAUGAUGUUCUUAUGGCUAAGAAUAAAAGAAAACAGAUA